AUGAUCUGCGCGCUUAUCGGCCUGGCCGUCGCCAUGCCAGCUGGAUCUCCAGGUGAUGAUGCCCACGCUGAAGUCCUUACCCGCACGGAUGAUGUCCGCGCCGAUGGUUUUAGUUCAGAAUUAAAGACCAGCAAUGGCAUUGAACAAACUGCUAGUGGUGAUGAGCACGGCAGCAUCCACGGCAGCUUCAGCUGGACCUCGCCCGAGGGCGAGCAUGUCCUAGUUAAUUAUGUGGCUGAUGAGAACGGCUACCAUCCAGAGGGUGCCGUUCUGCCCACAUCUCCCCCAAUCCCAGAUGCAAUUGUACGCGCUCUUGAUUGGCUGUCUUCCCAUCCUUCAGCAGAGGAGAAACAUCACUAAAUGACUUUUGAUUGUACCUGGACUCGACUCUUGAAUUCACCCCGACAACAUUAGUUUUUAAGUUUCUCGCGCAAUGCUUCUGGCAAAUAA